ACUGAACCAGAGCCGGGGUAACAGCUAUAAGAAGUUAUUCUCCUAUAAUUUAAACAAUACCAAUAUGUCAAAUGAUGAAAAGGAUAAAUUUAUAUUUAAUAAACACAGUGAUGCAUCAAACAAAACACCAAAGCAGCAUAGAUGUAACAGCCAUCUUGAAGAUGUACUAGAAGGAUUGUCUCAAUGGCCAUUAAAUGUCUCAGAGCCAUUUAGUUUAUUUUUGGCCUGUUUAAGAUCUCAACCUGGUCAGGAGCCUCCUCGUUAUCAGGAAUUAGAUAGAAAGAAAAACUGAUUAAUUGACAUGUUUGUACCUUGAUUUAACGUGCAUGAUGAAAGGCUUUAAUGUAAAUUAAAACAAAUAAACAGUAAAUAAAUUGUGUGUUGCUUAUACUUUUACG